AUGCCGCUGUUUGAGGACCCGGCUCACCUCUCUAAAUCUAGACUGAGGUCAGAUUUAGUCGCCCACAAUGUCGCGCUGCCACCCGCCAAGAGCAGAAAGGAAGUCUAUGUGGAGUUACACCUAAAACACAUCGACCAGAAAAACGCAGCGGAUUUUUCUAGCGACGAGGAGGAUCAAGCACAAGAUGUAGCAGACGAGGAGGAAGAUCCAGAGGAUGAAGAGAUCCCCGAACCGAGUGGCCUGACUGAUGAUGACCUCAAGGCUGCGCUGCUCAAACACGGGGUUAAAGCUGGGCCCAUCGUCGCCUCCACCAGGGCCUUGUAUGAGAAGAAGCUCAGGCAACUGCUUCAGUCUGCCAGACAUGACCAUCUCAAUGGAGCAGAGAAAGGUGUAUUAUACUCUGACAGUGAGGAAGAAGAAGAGGAAGGUUCUGAAGGAGCCAAAGAAGAAACUAUUGAACAGUCAGACACGGCCCAACAAGAGAGUAGCCAGAAUGGUGGUUUUGUUUACCCGCAGUGCUUUUUACCCUCCUCAAGGCUGCGUGCUUGUGCUUCUAGAAACAGGGAACAUUGUCCCAAGCAGAAUUCAGAGAAUUCCUUAAAGUCAUCGGAGCGGAGGCGGUCUCACUGCUCACAGAUUCCAGUAGGAAUUAGUAGAGCAUCCUCUGUAGAUCAACGCUCAGGAUUAGGAUCAGGGGUUCCACCUGGAUCACAAUCAGUUAUGCCUAACGGUUGCUCAUCAUUCUCCUCUCAGGCCUUCAGCAUCACUCAGAUGGUUGAGGAGGGAAGUUAAAUUCACAUGGAGAGUCGGACUGUGCUCUCUCCUAGCACAGACACUGAGAGAGAGUUGAAUGGGAGCAAUGUGCAGGAACAUUGGUCACGGUCCAACAGGCUGGACAUGCUAAUUAUGGACAAGCACACCAUGAAGAACCAGUCCCUGUACUACACCCCCAAGGCCUCCCCUUAUAAAUGUGGAAAGAAGCUUCCUCUGGAGCCUGUGAAAGAUACUUUCAAGGACCUGCUUCCAGACGCUCAGGUCACACCCACAGGGAUCUCUGCCACACGUCGGAGACCCAUCAAGGGUGCAGCAGGGAGACCUAUCCAGUACUUAUACCCAGACACUCCUGCCAGUCCAAAGACCCUGGAGAGAAGAGAGGUGGAGCGCCGCCUUGUGCCCAUCCAUAUACAGAUUUUGGUCUUCUUCAUUUUGGUGGUUCUCUUAUACCUUGUUAAUCUUUGUGUUGAGGACAACUCAUUCAGUCCAUUCGUGGCCUUACUGGACAGUCUAAACCAGGGGUCAGACAGUGAGGAGGGGCCUUUGCUUCAGGCUGAGACGCAGGACACACUGGCGCUGUCUGGACAGGAGUAA